UCUCCUUGGAACAGCGUCGGAAGAGAAAGCCCAGUAGAAAGAGUAAAUUCUAAGGCGGUUUACCGGAGGAACUCAGAGCGGAGAGUGCUUCUGGGGCUCGGGUGCCAGAACUCGGCGCCUGCACUCCCCUCUAGAUGCUGAAUGGUACACUCCGAGCCGGAGUUAAAGUCUGGGUGCAGGGCAAGCCUGUCAGGGUGACUGGCAGGAUGGGGUUGCGAGCCGGCGGCAGCCACGGGCGAGCGGGCCCGGAGGUCGGGGCAGAGGGGCAGGAUCGGGCCUCUGAAUCGGAGGAGCGCAGCAUACAUUCUAGCAACAUCCCUACGGUGCACAAUGUUCCCCUGAGCGUCCUCAUCCGGCCGCUGCCCUCGGUGCUGGACCCGGACAAGGUGAGGAGCCUCAUGGACACCAUCCAGGAGGACCCAGGCCGAGUGCCACCUAUUGAUGUUCUGUGGAUCAAAGGAGCACAAGGAGGGAACUACUUCUACUCCUUUGGGGGAUGCCACAGAUAUGCAGCCUACCGGGAGCUGAACAAGGAAACAAUCCCUGCCAAGCUGGUCCAGUCCACGAUAUCUGACCUUCGUGUGUACCUGGGUUCUUCAACGCCAGACCUGCAGUAGUAGCACCCUUGGCCCUUGGGACUCACUGAACAUCCUCAGUUGACCACUCAGUUGACCAUUGAAGAGGCCAGGAGAAGCCAAGUAACACUGAUCCUUACCAGGGCCAUGCAGAGUACAAAAGGUGUGGACUUCUGACCCGGAACAUGUCCCUUGAAAGACAAAGUAUGGCUGAUGUAUAGUGUUCCUUUAAGGCUAGAGAAGAGGGAUAGGAAAGCGCUCCCUGUGAUUUAUUUAAUAAUUUUAGACUCCCAUGUCUUGGACCUGAAGACUGUUGGCCCAGAAUUUAAAGACAGAAGGGAGCACCCUGCCCCACCCCACAGUGGGGCAUGAAGUGGUUGUAGUGGAAAAAGGAGUGAACUUGGAAUUAGAACCUCCUUUAUCCAAAUCCCAGCUUUGACACUACCUGUGUCAAUCUCCUCUAAAGUCUUCCCACUCUAGAGCCUACCCUUCUGAGAUGAUGUGGUAAGGGAACAGAAUGGAGGACUCUUUCUGGAGGGGAGGGGUGAAAGAAGUGAUGAGGAACUGAAUGCCUCUCUCCCAACUUCCUGGGUGGAGGGGGCACCUCCUGUUCAUAGCAGGCUAAGGGACCCAUGUCUAACUCUCAUUCUGUCUCCCCAUGGGAAGCAGGAUUCCUUGCUACUUUUUGAGGAAGAAGAUUCAUACACAACACCAACAGAUGAGAGCCCCAAUAAAUUCUGAUUUAAUGAAAAAUGCUUUAGGCUUAGAGUAAGGUGGGACCAUGGGCAAAUCACUUCUUUUCUGUGUCUCUGUUUUCUCAUCUAUAAAUUGUGGUAAGAAUCCUUGUACUAACCUAUCUCUCAGGAUUGUUGUGAGGAAAAUUACAUUUGAACUUCAGUGUUAAAGAGAUGGGAGAUGUUGUGCUCUGAUUCUCAUGAUGGAGUUAAGAUGGAAAGUCUGAGGACCAGCUGCUUUCUGCUAUUAGUCUUUUAUAUUUCUUGUUCCUCAGACCAUUUUUCAGGCAGAUAAAAUGACUAAUUUUUGUAAUUUAAUAAAUGCAUUACAUAAGUACAUUUCUUGUAGAA